GGAUGGAGCCAGGCGGGGGAGCCAAACGGCUGCGGCUGCUGCUGCUUCUGCGGGCGACGCAUUUCCCAUGUGGACAGGCAGAUGGCUGGAACGGCUACGCGGCGAUCAUCGAAGUGACCAACGGGGGUCCCUGGGGCGACUGGGCCUGGCCUGAGAUGUGUCCUGACGGAUUCUUCGCCAGCGGGUUCUCGCUCAAGGUUGGGGCUCAGGCUUAGGUCCUGGAGAGGGUGGAGAUGCGUGGAGCCGGGCGCGGGAACGUCCUAGGCAACACGCACGUGGUAGAGUCGCAGUCUGGAAGCUGGGGCGAGUGGAGUGAGCCGCUGUGGUGUCGCGGCGGCGCCUACCUAGUGGCUUUCUUGCUUCGCGUGGAGGCACCCACGACUCUCGGUGACAACACAGCAGCGAACAACGUGCGCUUCCGCUGUUCACACGGCGAGGAACUGCAGGGGCCUGGGCUGAGCUGGGGAGACUUUGGAGACUGGAGUGACCCUUGCCCCAAGGGCGUGUGCGGCCUGCAGACCAACAUCCAGGGACCUAGAGGCUUCAGCGAUGACACUGCGCUGAACGACGUGCGCUUAUUCUGCUGCCUCAAUUGAACGGGGCCGGCGCCGCCGCCGCUCUCUCCCGGGCCAGGAGGCUAGUCUCACUUCCUGCUAUUAAAGCUUCUCCGAAUUGA